UCCGUGAGUAACCUGUGCAGAAACAUGGCCUUUGCAUUGUCUGAGGAGCAGUUUCGGUGCAUCAUCUGCCUGGAUAUCUUCCGCAACCCUGUCUCCAUUCCAUGUGGGCACAACUUCUGCUUGCGAUGCAUCAAACGCUUCUGGGAAACAAGACACAAGUCAGAGUGUCCACUGUGCAAAGACACCUUUAAAAACGUCCCAGAUCUUAGGAUCAACGUAGGCUUAAAAGACAUCACUGAGCAAUUUAAAAAAUCUAUAAAGGGCCAGCGAAUGUACAAGCCAGCCCCACCAAAGAGAGAUUUGCCAAAACAAAGUUCCAUGAAUGAUGAAGUUCCCUGCAACCACUGCAACGAUCACAUUGAAAAGGCGGUCAAGUCGUGUCUCGUCUGCCAGGCAUCUUACUGCGAAGUUCACCUGGCACCUCAUCUAAGGGACCCAGUGUUGACGAAGCACACACUGACGGAUCCGGCCACCUUCAUCACCAGUCACCUCUGUCCAAGUCACAGCAUCCUCCUGGAUAUGUACUGCAAGACGGACCAGAAACCUAUCUGUAUUUUAUGCAGAGAGAGGAACCACAAAUACCACGAUAUCGUCUCGAUAGAGAAGGAGAGCAAGAGGGUCCGGACUCAGAUGAAGAAGAACAAAGCAGAGUUUCAACAGAUGGUCUAUGCCAGAAUCAGAAAGCUGGAGGAGAUCAACGCUUCAGCGGAGAUGAGCAAAAUAAACAAAGACAGAGAGAUACAAUCAAGCGUAAAGGUCACCUCAGCAGUGAUAAGCGUCAUCGAGAGAAACCAGUCUUCACUCGCCAACGAGGUCGAGCAAAAGCAGGAUGCAGUCGAGAAGAUGGAGAAUGAGCUUGUCAAAGAGCUCAAGCAGGAAAUCAAUGAACUGCAGAGGAGAAAAGUUGAGCUGCAAAGCCUGGAGGAUACUGACGACCUUCUUCAUCUCCUACAGAGUUUCCCAUCUCUGAACGCUCCAUUGUCCACCCGAGACUGGUCUCAGGUCAGAGUCAACUCGGACAGCUACAUCGGGACGGUGAGGAGAGCUUUCUCAAAGCUGGUGGACUUGUGCCAAACACUUGAAAAGAAUCUGUCUGCAGAAGAAAUAAGCAAGGCGAGUCAAUAUGCAGAGGAAAUAACUCUGGAUCCAGUCACUGCUUCCGGCUGGCUGUGUCUGUCUUCAGAUGGAAAACAGGUGAGCCUCAGCGUGCAGCAGAAGAAGCCGCCUCCCCCUGACGACCCUCGCAGGUUCGACUCCUGCGUCUCCGUUCUGGGGAAACAGAACUUCACCCUUGGGAAACAUUUCUGGGUGGUUCAGGUUGCAGAUAAAACAGACUGGGACCUCGGCGUGGCGCGGGAGUCCAUCAACAGGAAGGGCGCCAUCACGGUGCGUCCCGACAGCGGUUACUGGGCGAUCUGCAGGCGAAAAGGGGGCAGCCUCAGCGCCUGCGCCGGGCCCUCCGUCCCCCUCUUCCUCGAGGAAAACCCCAAGAAAGUCGGCGUGUUCCUGAACUACGAAGAAGGGCUGGUGUCCUUCUACGACUUCGAAGCAAAGACUCACAUUUACACGUACAGCGAGUGUAACUUCACCGAGCCUCUGUACCCGUACCUGAACCCCUGUCUCCAUGACAACGGGAAGAACAUCGCCCCGCUGGUCAUCUGUCCGGUGGAGGUUGAGCACGCUGAAGAGGCUGCAGCGUUUUGAGCAGAAGUCCACAAAUUAGUUUCUAUAUUCCUGAAUGCCCUGCUUAGCCUGCUGCUCCCACGAAAAUGGAUGGAUGGAUGGAUGGAUGACACAGAAUUUUUGUUUUUUGACUAAAUGCAUGUAUACAUUAGGAAAAGAUCAUUUGGCUUGACCAAAAAAAUAUGUAAAAUGACCAAAAAAGACAUAACAUGACCAAAAAAGUUUUAAAAUGACCAAAAAAGAACUAAAAUGACCAAAAAAGUUGUAAAUAGAAUAGGAUAGAAUAGCCUUUACUGUCAUUGUACAUAGCACAACGAAAUUACAGUGCAACUCUCAUAGUGCAUAAAUCUAAUUAAGAACAACACCACACAAACACUUAAGGACAAUACGGUAUAGAGGUAUGAAAAGUAUAAAAUAUCACAACAAGAAUAAAUAAUUGAAUGGCAAGAAAAAAUACUGGAUAUAGAAUAAAUAGCUAUGUAUGUAAAGGAGACAAAUGAGGGUGAGUGGUAGCAUGUAGAGGUAGUAUUUUAGAUAAUAUGAAUAUAAAUAUAUUGCACUGUAAUAUUAUUGCACUUAUACGGUAAGAACAGGACGCAGCAGAUAUAGAAGACAGGUGAAGGUCGUGUGUGGAUCUAAUCUAAAAUGAUCAAAAUAAGACAUAAAAUGACCAAAAGACGUCAAAUGACCCCAAAAAGUUGUAAAAUGACAAUAGAAGACUUAAAAUUACCAAAAACAAGAAGUAAAAUGACAAAAAAAAAGACGUCAAAUGACAAAAAAAGACACAAAAAGACCAAAAAAUAAUACUUAGAAUGACCAAAAAAAGACACAAAAUGAUCACGUUUCCGUUUACGAGCUGUUUGUGUUAAAGAGUUGUAACUGUUUCUGGCAAUUUGUUUUGCUUUUGUGACUUGUCAGCUGUUAAACUGUUAAUUGCCAGACCUCAUCGACAGCUGACAAAUGCUGCUAAUUAGCAAUCAUCUUCAUGUAAAUAUUUUUGUUGCUAAUAACACAUUUUAAUGCGCAUUUUGAAGAUUUGCAUGACAAAAGUUUGAUGGAAACACCAAAAUUCGAUAAAUCUUUCAAAAAUGAGGUAAAAGUUUUUACGCUUUAGUGCAGUGGUUUUUUUGUCUUUUUCAAAAGAUAGUUAAUGCACUAAAUGGGAGAUGUAAACGUUUUUUCCGACAUAGUUCUGACGUAGUGAACAUUUAAGUCACAUGACUGAUCAGGGGCCGGAUUCACAAAAGUGAAAACUUAAGAAAAUUCUUAAGAAAAAAAAAAAAAUUCCGAAGAAUGUUCUUAAAUGCUAUUCACCAUUUUGUUCUUAAGAAUGGUUGUAUGUCUUAGGAACUUCUCAGUUUUCUCACUUAGGAAGUUUUUAGAUUUUUUACUUAAGAUCACGCGCCAAAAUAACAAUUGCAGGCCUCGGGAGCCUAUAUUGUCUAAUUAAGACUUUUGCUCCUGACAUUUUCUGAAUUCAGUUGAUGAUCGCUGCUCAUGAACAAGUGAGGAACAUUUGUACAUAAAGUAGUGUGGGUUUAUUCUGGGCAUUGAUUAUUUUAGGGUUCUAGUUAUUUUAAACCCUAAUAUAACCUUUUUUUCUUAAAGUUUUUAUAUUAAGUAAUGUGCUCGAAUUUACUUUUUGAAUUACUUACAUUUGUGAAGAUCAAUAUUUUUUUAUCUGAGGGUGUAAGAUUUCAAUGUACAUAAGACUGUAUGUAUUUUUACUGAAUAAAUAAAUAAAUGUUAUAAAACAA